AUGGCGCGCAGAGCUUUGAUCACCGGUGCCAGCGGCCUCCUCGGCCGCGAAGUCUUCAAUGCUUUCAAGAAGGACAGCCACUGGGAGACGUUUGGCCAGGGCUUCACGCGUGCUGCGCCGCCAGAAAUCCUCAAGGCCGACCUGACGUCCGCGGCGGAGAUCGAAAAGCUGAUGGACGAAGUGCGGCCGCAUGUUGUCGUACACUGCGCGGCCAAUCGAUUCCCAGACCAAUGCGACACCCACCCCGAUCUCGCGCGCAAGAUCAACGUCGAGGCCACCCGGGCUCUGGCAGAGACGACCGCGGCCAAGUCCAUCCUGCUCAUCUACAUCUCUACAGACUACGUGUUCGCCGGCCGCGAGGGGGAAGCGCCGUACGAGGCCGACGCCCCCACCGAGCCGCCGAACAUCUACGGGCAGACGAAGCGGGACGGCGAGCUCGCGGUGCUGGAGGCCACGCGGGCGACGGGCACGGGAGUCAUCCUGCGCGUGCCGGUGUUGUACGGGCACGCCCAGUCGAACAGCGAGAGCGCGGUCAACACGCUGAUCGACGCGGUGUGGAAAGCGCAGCAGACGGGCGUGCCCAUGGACGAUUGGUCGCAGCGGUACCCAACAAACACGGAGGAUGUGGGCAGGGUGUGCCACGACAUCGCGGUGCGGUACCUGGACGAGCCGGCAGCGGCGGCGCUGCCAAGGGUGCUGCAGUUCUCGUCGGAGGACAGGAUGACCAAGUUCGCGAUGUGCGAGCGGUUCGCAGACAUCCUGGGGCUGCCGCUGGCGGGACUGGAACGGGUGCAGACCGGUGGCACAUCCGGCGCGGGCGUGCAGCGGCCCUUCGACACGCACCUGUCGACGCGCGAGCUGCGCCAGCUGGGCAUUGCGGUCCACACGCAGGAUUUUGUUGACUGGUGGUAUGUGCAUCACUACUCCUCUCCCUACCUGCGGGCGCGAGUGGAGCGGCAUCGCGUGUGCUAG